AUUCUUUCUCCAAGCUUAUAUAUUAAUAGAGUAUGGUCCAAUUACUAUUUAGCCUCAGUGCUUGGGACCUCAGUGCAUCAACUCAAGCCUCAGCCCAUUACAGAGACUGGCUCAAAAGCUACUGUGUCAGGGUUGUAGCCAAUUUUCUUAAUGUAGCUACUGACUUCCCUGACAAUUUCCUCAUAUCUGCUGGGAGUUGGGAGAGGAGGGAUGGAAGACUUGGUGGAAUCCAAUUUGUUUACACCAUCAGUUAUGCAAGCCAGAAGUGAAUGCUUGUGGGUCUGGCCAUUCUUUGAGAUACCGAUUUCAAAAUCACCUGCACUAGCAGCAAUAAUCAGGACAGCACAGGCAGCCUGAGAUGUUCCUGUAAUGUUGUUCUUCAUAUAGUCCUCGUGGCCUGGAGCAUCGGGAAUGGUUAUGUAAUACUUGGCGCGUCUCAAAUUUCCACAGGGAGAGACCGGAAGUGAGAGCCGCCCUCCUGUUCAGCCCUCAGUUUAUCCAGGCAUAUAUGAGAUGAUCUUUCUCAUCUCAGCAACCUUGUGCUUUAUCUGAGCAUAGAAACUUCGUCCUGAUAAAGGGUUCUUGACAUGGGUCCUAGAAGUAAAGCAACAAGAACGUUUUUGGUGCGGAGAACCCAAGGCUCCGUCCCUAACCAAGUGGCCCAUAACAAUUCUUCUCUUGCUUGUCAGCAGUUGCCGUCACAAACUCUCUGACCCGCCUUUUCCAGGAGCUUUCAUUUUAACCGAGUUUGAGACGUCAUCUAAAUUCAUCUUUCAGGAUUAAAAGGAGGAAGUCAGAGAACCAAGACACACACAUACACACACACAGAGACAUGCACACAUAAAGACACGGACACACAUUGAGAUACACACAAAUACACAGAGGUACACGAGUCUGGGCGCACUGGCAGAGGGAGGCGGGAAAGGCGAAAAACAAGAGGAAAAAGGGGAAGCGGCGGACGACCGAGCAUUUCAAGCAUGCGCAUUCGGGUUUAGGCGAGGUAGGGUGGGAAGGAAUCCCCUGGGGCUGAGCCGUGCUAGAGACGGUGCGGAAGACUAGACGGAGGGGCGGGGCCCGCGCUCACGGAAGCCGGAAGUAGCACCGGAAGUUCCCUCCGAAGAGAAGUGAGCAUGUUACCUCCAAGGUUUAUCUCCACCCUAACAAGAGCUAUAUUGGAAAGCAAGAGGCCCUGGAUUCCAGCUGCAGACACUCUUCUUGUUCCUGGCUACCUAUUUAAACAACAAACUUCUCCAAGGCCUCUGGUCCUUAGCUGCGCACAAUGUUCAAAUCAUCAAGAACCUAAAAGGAAAAGAAACCUUUCUGAGAAAAAGUUGAAACGGUAUUUUGUAGAUCAUCGAAGAGUAUUUGUGACUGGAGGCAAUGGAGGCAAUGGAAUGAGUUGUUUUCAUAGUGAGCCCAGAAAAGAAUAUGGUGGACCUGAUGGGGGAGAUGGGGGAGAUGGUGGCCACAUUAUUCUGAAAGUUGACAGGCAUGUCAGAUCAUUAUCUUCAGUCCUUUCAGUGUAUCGGGGGUUUGAUGGAGAGCCUGGUGGAAGCAAAAACUGUUUUGGGCGUAAUGGAGAUUGCCUCUACAUUAGAGUUCCCCCAGGUACUCUGGUUAAAGAGGAAAAUGAAAUUGUAGCUGAUCUUUCUCAGCCAGGUGAUGAAUACAUUGCAGCCUUAGGGGGAGCUGGAGGAAAAGGCAAUCGAUUUUUUUUGGCUAAUGACAAUCGAGCACCAGUAACUUGUACCCCUGGGCAACCUGGUCAAGAAAGAGUACUCUAUUUAGAAAUGAAGACUAUGGCUCAUGCAGGAAUGGUGGGAUUCCCCAAUGCUGGAAAAUCAUCACUUCUUAGAGCAAUUUCCAAUGCAAAACCUGCUGUGGCUUCUUAUCCCUUUACUACCUUAAAUCCUCAUGUAGGUAUUGUUCACUAUGAAGACUACCAACAAGUGGCAGUAGCUGACAUUCCUGGUAUAAUAAGAGGAGCUCAUCAAAACAGAGGCUUGGGUUUUGCUUUUCUGAGACACAUUGAGCGAUGCCGCUUUCUGUUAUUUGUGGUGGAUCUCUCAAUAGCAGAACCAUGGACUCAGCUUGAGGAUUUAAAAUAUGAGCUAGAGAAAUAUGAAGAAGGCUUGUCAGAGCGACCACAUGCAAUCAUUGGAAAUAAGAUUGACCUUCCUCAAUCUAAAAUCAAUUUGCCUCAACUUCAGGCUCGAUUAGAACAAAAGGUCAUCCCCUUGUCAGCAUUGACCGGAGAGAACUUAGAGGAAUUGCUGUUGCAUUUGAAAGAAUUAUAUGAUGAUUAUGUAGAGACUGAGCGCAAACAGGGACAGGAGCCACUAAAUUGGUGAUGAUUGAAAUUAAACUAGAAUUGGUCAUUGAAAGGAAAAAAAAAUCUUAAAACUCUUGGAAAGUUGAAAAUGGUAACAAGGGUGAGAGCAUCAAGGACAGUGAAAGUGAGAAUUGCUGCAUCAAUAAAAUGUACUUAAUUAGUGGUGUAUAUGUGAUCUUUGUGUAGGAGAAAGUAGUUUAUAAAUCAUUUAAUUUAGUAGGUUGUUACCCUUCACUGGUUAGUCAGGGGCUUAUUCUCAAGUGGCACAUGAUCCUUUAAUGAUCCUUACACCUUCUGGCCCAGGAAAUGCCGAAUCUGUACUAGAUUUCCUUGUGUGACAGCAUAUUGCCCCACCACCUGACACCCAGCCUGCUUACCAAUGCUUAAUGCAUCAGUCAGCCUUGUGGUUAAUUUUCUGAGAUUGGACUCAUUUGUGUUAAUUAACAGCUGUAAUUAGCAAGAGAAGACACAUUGCUGAUUGAACUUACAAAAUGCUGUUGAAAAUGCAGAUAUUCACUAGUGGAUUUAAAAUGUACAUACUCCUGUUUUAAAUUUUAUUUUCUAUUUAUUUCAGCAGUUGAUCACAACAGUAGCCUUUUAAGGCCAUUGGAAUAAUCUUUGCCCAGUUAGCUUUCAGUGUCAAAUUAAGGUUUUAGAGAUCCUAAAAAAUUAUCAAUAUGAUGGUCUGCAUGUGCUACUGGAAUUAGGGAUCAGGAGUAUUUUUGCAUACACCAUCUCUGUUCUGAUUUAAUUUAAUGCAAAGGACAUAAAUACAGGAUGAUUUUUUUCCCCCCCAUACUUAAAACUACUGGAAGAUUUAGUAAGUUCAUUCCUAUAUGUUUGCAAAAUAGAUUCAUGUGUCCUGUUGAGCCGAACACUGAAAAAUAAUCGUGAAAUGUGCUUUAUGAAUGAAUGCAUCUAGCAUCCUAAAAAACUGUUACCUUCUGUGUCAGAACUUAAAUGUUUCAAGCAGAGUAUUAAUUAGUUAAUGUGACACCGGAUAAUAUAAUUUCUGACUUCAUUUUCAUAAUAUGAAUAUGAUAAAGUAAAAAGGCUAAUAUAGUUUUCUUUGCAUAUGAAGAAUGCAUUCAUAUUCAUAAACAUUUUGCUGGAAAUUGUGAAAAAAAUCCUAGUUACACCUUCCAGGGAUCAUGAGCUUGCCAAAGUCUGCCUAAUUCUAACUAGAGCAGAAAACUAUAAUUUACUGGUAGGUAAUGACCCAAAGUCAAUUAUUAAUGACAGCUGAGAGAAUCUUUCACUUAUAUAAUACUACAUAAAAGCAAAUGUUAUCUAAAAAACAACUCUUUAGUGUUUGUGUGAUUUAAUUACUAUAUAUUUACGGAGAGAUUAGUUCUCAUUUUACUGCUCAUAACUUUUAGUGGCAACAAGUUGCUAAUUGUACCAAUAAGUCAUCUUUUUAAUCUCAUCUACAACCUGGUUGUCUAGUAAAAUGUAAUUGUACACUUCUUCCUUAAAUGGAAGCUAAUAAUUCUUAAGUAUGCAGAGGCCUCCAGAGAAAUUUGAAAAGCCAUGAGAUUGAAGCCAAGGGACAAAAAGCAGGAGCAAAUGGGAAUUUGUGAGGAAAAGAAAUAGGAUAUGACUAUUUGGGGGAAAUUAAGGAUGCCAUGGAUAAGAAUAAAGAAAAUAUAGUUUUUAAAAAGUAUAAAGGGAUUGCAGUUUAAUGAAAUGGGAUCCCUGAUAGUGAAGGAAAUAAUAACUGUCUAGAUGCUGAAUUAAUUUUAUUUUGAACAUACUUACUGUUAAACUUGUCUUGAAUGAUAAGCUACCUUCAAGAGUCUUUGGAAAUAAUUUUGUUUUUGAUGUAGUUCCAUCUAUCUAGACGAGGAGAGAGUCUUGGAGUUUUAUUUUAAUGUCUUAUAAUUUCAAAGGUUUCUCUGUUUUAGAAGCUAGAGAUAGGUUUUUAUAUCCAUUUAGUUUCUCUUCCUACAUACCACAAAGGAUUUUCUAAGAGUAAAAUAAAAUAUGAGCUUAUGUUAAUUAACAUUAGCCUUUCAUCUUUACAGAGUAGGGCCCAGGUCUGCAUUUGCAAUUUGGGAAAAAAAAAAAAAAUUAGAGCCAGCCAGGAUAGUUCUGUCUCUUCCCUCUCUCCUAAAUGAAUGUGACUUUACCUCCCAAUGUUUAAAAUACCUGGUUUAUUUCCCUCUCCCCACCCCCGAAAUGUAUUGGUUUAUUCCAGAUUCAUUAGAUAUGCUUUGGAUUUUGUUAUAUAAUUUUCUAAUUUUCCUCUGAUGAAAUUCAUUUAGUUUCUUCUAACUAUAGACAGGUUUUCCUGUUAACUCAUACUCUCUAACAAUCGGACUUAGUGAUGAAAAAUGUUUUUUUCCCUUCCUUCUUCUGGUCAUGGAACACAAACAUGCCAUACUUAGAAGAGAGGGACAUACCUUUCUAUGAUGCUACUAAAUGAUUUUGCAUUUAAUAGUCUCACAUCAAAGCAAUGCUUGGAUGUUUCUAAAAGAGUAUCAAUAAGCAAUGGCAGUAGCUGAAUAAAGCAGCAAUUUACAGAAGCCACUUUACAUACUGUGACCAAGUGCACAGUAGGAGCAAUUACAUUGUGCUUCAAUAAAGCUUAUUAGUUCAGAAAAGUCAGAAAUUAGUGUUUUACUGUAGAAUGGAAAAUUUGGGGCAAUCUUAUUAUCUUUAUGAAAAUUUUUCUGUAUCACUGCAUCAUUUUUCAUAAUUUAAAAAAUUGCUUUUCUCCAUGUGCCACUCUUGUUUGGAAACCUAAAACUAAAAUCAAUUUUCUCAUUUCCUCAUUCCUCAAUUUCUUGAUUUUGUCCUAUUGUUAAAGUAAAUUUUUUUCUUUCCACAAAUAUUAAGACAUUGCAGUUCUCUACAUAUGUUGACAUUUAUUUUUAUUGUAUAUAUUCCUGAGAAGUUUCCAGGUACUUCAGAAAUCAGUUGUGAUAAUCAGUAAAAGCAAAUCUUGGCAAGACAA